AUGCCAGACCGAGUUCAAAAGACAAUUAUCUUGUCCCUCGGGGGUAUGAACUACUCUCAGGGCGGCUGGGUCGACGCCCAGGACGCUGAGAAGGCGGCUCAGUCUGUCUGGGACAUGUUCGGGCCCGUACCACCCGGGGGCAACGUCGAUCGGCCCUUUGGAUCAGCUGUUGUCGACGGUUUCGAUUUCGACUUUGAGUCAACGGCCAACAACCUUGAAGCCUUUGGCGCCAAACUGCGAAGCUUGAUGGACCGCGCUGGGAGAAGGAGGUUCUACCUCACGGCUUCACCCCAGUGCGUGUUCCCUGAUGCUGCGAUGGCGCCUACCCUCCACAAUGCUGCAUUCGACUUUGUCAUGGUACAGUUUUACAACAACUGGUGUAGUGUUUCCAACUUCCAGAUAGGAUCCGCCACCCAGAACGCCUUCAACUUUGAUGACUGGCCCUGGUGGGCGAGGCGCAGCCAGAAUCCCAAGGUCAAGGUUUUCCUCGGUGUCCUGGCCAACAAAGGCGCAGGUGCCGGCUUCAUCCAUGGAGAGAAGCUCAAGGUUGCCAUUGCCUACUCCAAAAAGUUCAGCAGCUUUGGCGGCGUUAUGAUGUGGGACAUGUCCCAGCUUUAUGCGAACAAACGCUUCCUUGCCGAAGUGGUCAACGCGCUGGCUAAGUGGGUUUUAAUUUGUAAAUUGCCACGGUUGGGGGACUGGCGAGAUGCGUGGACUCUGUACAAGCGGCAACCGGUGCUGGGAUAUGUCACCAAGUGGUUCUUGCCCAGUCGGCAUCUUGUAUACAUGUUCUCCACUACCGUGCUGACGUGGGAUAAGGCACAUUGA